ACCCCCACAACAACAACACCCAGCAGUCAGCAGCCGCCUUCAGAGCCUCCUCCAUUUAUCCCCCUGAAGGACGGAUAUACACCUCCUCACAUCCCCGGGACCCAGAUGGAAGGACAGGAAGAGGAGGAGAAGACAAACCAAGGAUGAAGAGCAAAACAGAAGCACAAAACCCAAAUGACGAAACAAGCUGGGAGAUAAACACAUUGAAUUUCGAGCCGAGGAGAAGAAGAAACAGCGGACAACACAAGGAGUAGAAAGAAAGACAAUGAACUAGUUGAACAUUACGAAGGAAGAAAACUAUCGGAAAUGUCAAAUCUACUCAGCACCUUCAUAAUGCGAGGGUCGGGAAUGGUGGUGGGGGACGAGGAGAUGGAGGUGGAGGAAGGGCGUCUACUCCACCACCCCCACCACACAGCACCACCACAACCCCUACCACCAACAACCCCCACCCAAUACCCCACCUUCCUCCCUGCAACAGCUCCUUCCCUCACCCCCUCCGCCCCCACCACCUCCACGACCUUCCUCACAGGCCCCACAGACACGUUCUUGACCCUCCCGGAGCAGGUGGAGGGGGAGGGGGAGGGGGUGGAGCUCUUGGGGUCAGGGGAGGGGGAGGGGGAAGGGGAAGGCGUGCCACAAGGGUCACUGCUGUAUCUGGACUCAAACUCAGCGCUUCAUGUGUUGGUCCACCAUUUGCCGCAGUCUGCCCAUCAACAGCCGACCCCACCCCAACUGGUGGAAGAGGAAGGAUCUCAGGAGCAAUUUGUGGUGGUUGGCGCACUGAAGACUGAUGACCUUGGUGCCCCCUCCCCCCCUACCCCCUGCCAUGUCUCUGUGGAGCGUUAUCUUGACGAGGACAUGGCUGGGGGUGAAGGGGGGGAAAUCUACCUACCCCAGACCCAGGACCCUACCCCAGCACCCCCCCAGCACCUGCCGUCCACCCCCGUACUAACCCUGGUGGGGGGCGGGGGCGACGGGGGAGAGGAGGAUGCAUCGGGGGGUACGGGCAUCACCCUGAACCGAGUCCCCCACAUCACCCUAGAGGAGAUCAUACAAAAGUUCGCCUCGUCACCCGAUUCUCCGAUGAGCGACUCAACUGACCCCUCCACCACCACCACCACCACCAUCACUGCUCUUAUCCCACCCUCACCACCGCCACCACCCGUCACCUCCACGGCCAACCUAUCGCCCAGGGUCAAGGUUAAGCUGCUGCCUGAGACCGUUAAGGAUGAUAGGGUGGAGGGUGAGGGUGAUGGUGACGAGGGGUGUCUGUACGAUGUGGUGGUGACGUACAGGUGUCGGGUGUGUGGGGAGGGGUUUGAGGACAAGGGACACCUGCUCCAGCACCACCACCUGAGGCAUAAACAGGGAGGCACCAUCAGGAUUAGAGUGACCACCUCCACCACGACCACCACCACCACCACUAACAACAACAACACUCGCUGCCCUCUCACCCCCCCAUCUCAACCACCAUCACCAGAGAAGGAUCACAGGGAGAUCAGCAUCCAUUCCUGUGGGUUCUGCUCCGAGGACUUCCUGGGCUCAAGGGAGUGCAAGGAACAUAUAAAUAAGGAGCACCCCAGCAAGAGGCCGCGGGAGGGUGGUCCGAGGCAGUACACCCCCCGGGGCAGCCAGGUGAAGUACCCCCCCCAGCCCGGGAUACUCAUAGGCCACAGGAAGGCACGCUCACCUGGCCAGGAAGAAACUACAGGUCCAGGUGGAGGUGGAGGAGAGGAGGGGGAGGAGGUGGAGGGCAAGAGGAAGGUGAAGACUCCAAGGGCUCUGCAGGAACAGUUUUGGCUGCAGAAGCAACGACCAAAACCUGUGUGUUCCAUGGAGGUGGAGAAGAAGCACAAGUGUUCUCUGCCCACCUGCAAGUACAAGUUUUCCUCGGAGGCCAAUCUUGACGCCCACAAGGAGUGCCACGGAGGCGGGGGCGGGAAGGGCGGCGAGAGGGGCUUCUCCUGCUCCCAGUGUGGCUUCAGGUGUGAUAAGUGGUCGGUGUGUCAGCUUCACCUCUGGAAGGAUCACGCGCUGGACAUUGACCUCCUGACCUGCGGGAUCUGCCACACCUACAAGACAUGCACCCAGCAGCGCCUCCUCGUCCACCAGAAGAUACACUCCGACGUCAGGGACCACAUUUGUACGACCUGCGGCAAGGGGUUCAAGCAGUUGGCGCAGCUCCUGAACCACCAAGUCGCGCACAUCACCGACCCCAAGGACAUGCCUGCCUGGGCCGACAAAGCGUUCUGCGAGGAGUGCCAGAAGUGGUUCAGGGACAGGAAAUCGUUUCAGAAGCACAACGCUCUGGUCCACUUGAAGGUGAAGCCCCAUGCGUGUCCUCACUGCCCCUACCGAUCCACUGACAAGUAUUCCCUGACGGUGCACAUGAGGCAGCACACUGGGGAGCGUCCACACCGCUGCCCCCUGUGUGGCUGGCAGACGAGCGACCACAACACGAUGCGCAGACACAAGCUGGGCCACCAGGACUCCAAGCCGUUCCGCUGCCCCAUCGCCGAGUGUGCCUUGAAGACCCGCAACACCUCCUACUUCAGGCGUCACAUGGCCAAGCGUCACCCCAGCAAUGAAAUGCCGUUUAAGUGUGAGUUCUGCCCCCUGCAAACCACCCACAUGGAGGAGUACAUUCCCCAUUGCUUGAGGCACGAAAAGGAGCUCAUCGAAAGAAAACUGAAGCAGGCAAGAGAGUUAGCUUUGGAGAAUGAGGCGGAUAACAUAACAUCAGCACCAGUAGAACAAACAGCACUUACCUCUACCACUACCCCCGCCACCACCACCACUACCACCUCUGUUAUCAAGACCAAAACGGAUGCAAUUAGAAAGCAUCUCUCCGCUCCCAUCCUCCUCAAUCCCAGAACAGAGGUCAUCACUAUAAAAAUUGAUGCGGAUGCUGAGGAUGCUAAGGGUGGUGAUGGGGGUGUUGUCGGGGAUGGAAUGGUGGUUGGGGAAGGGGAGGCAGAGGCCGUUCCCCUUCCCCAAGUUGUUAUGUCGGAGAAUAACGGACAUUACAUCAUCGGUCUCUCGGAAUUCAACGCCGCCACUAACCACAUGACGCAGAGUAACGGGGAUUGCCAAGUCGUCACCACUUACCCCCACCACAGACGGAAGGAGGGUCACCACCAGAUUCAUCACCCGCACAGUGCAUCACCAGUAGAAAAUAUCCAGAUCACUUGACAUUUUCCCUCACCACCGCAUUGCUACCACGUCAGGCAUAAGGUCACCACCACCGUCAUAUCAUAACACCGUCACCACCUCUACCGCAACUCAGAAUCACCACACAUCACCAAAUUCUCCUUCACCACCACCAUAUCACCGCAUCAACAAGCAUAAGAUCAUCACCACCACCAUCACAUCAUAACACCGUCAACCACAACUCAGAAUCACCACACAUCACCAAAUUCUCCUUCACCAUAUCACCACAUCAACAAGCAUAAGAUCAUCACCACCACCACCAUCACAUCAUAACACUCACCACAACUACCACAACUCAGAAUCACCACCACCAUGUCACCACUCCUACAACUCCUCAGAAUCACCACAUCAACAACCAUCACCUCACCUCAUACAUACACCACAGCACGGUCACCACCACCACACAUCACCACCAAGUUAGUGAUGUAGCAUAACAACAUACAUCAUCUAUUUAAGUAUGGUUCUUGUAAAUAUUGUGUUCAUGUAACUUAUUGGUAUAAAAUCUACCUCUCCAAAUCUAAUGCACACUCCCUUCCCAAAACAGGUGUCAAAAGGUUAAAAACAGCAGUCUUUAAUUUGUCGAAAAUACAUUAUAUUUAUUAACAUGAGAACAGGACACAGAACAGCAGCUCUCUCUUUCUCUCUCUCUCUCGCUUAAGACUAAAUCCUUUCACAUUUCCAUCUGGGUCAAAUAAAGCUACAUAGACUGCCGAAGGUGAAACGAGACCCUGAAUAAAGAGACUAGGGGAACCAUUACGACUAAAAAUAAAUAGGUGAAUCAAUGACAGGAAUAAAGAUAAAUAAUGUAGGAGUGGGGAAUGGAGAAAAUUUAUAUAACCACAAAAAUACUGAUAUAGUCACUACAGACGCAGGCUAUAACGGAUAAGACCAUUUUCCCCGAGACAUGGGAAUCCAGAAUGCAUGUCUCGAAAUUCCCUGCAAGUUGGAAAGGAUGACUGAUAAAGAUGAGGGCAAAAUCUUCCGUACAUGUUUUCUUUUUAUGGUAAACAGCUCAAGGGCAAUAGAGAAAAAACAAAGCCCGCUGAAACGUAAAAGAACACUAAGGGGAAAAGGUGAGAGACGAGGGUAUAAGGUUUUUUUUACAGUAAAGGAAACGGCUAAAGGGCAAAAAGUAAAGAUCGCUAAGGGGAAAGGGAAAGGAUGACUGUUCAGAUUAGGGCAAAAGGUCUUCCCUCCGUGUUGAAAAGGGUGACUGCUGAAGACGAGGGCAAAGGGAUGAAAACCUCCUACUCGUGUAAAUUUGGAACUCAUUAACCAAUGCUCCUUCCCAUGUAAAUUUGGAACUCUGAUUAACCAUUGUAUCUACUUAGUUGGGUAAAUCAGGAAGUCAAUUUUUUUCUAUUUGUGAAUGGUGAUAACAGUGAUGAAGGUGGUGCUUCACAUGAUAUAAGAAAAGGGCAGCAAGUUGUUCGUUUGUGCCAGGGAGGAAAGGUACUGACACCCACUUAUAUAAUUUUGAAGAGGCAGGAAAAUGAAUUACCGGAAAAAUUAGAGAAUGAAAUCUGGAAAGACUUAAUGCAGCUAAAACCUCUACAGCUCACAGAUGUCAUGCAUGGUAGAAUACAGAGUAAAUAAUUGCACUCAACCCUCCCUUACAUACCUUAAAAAAUAUAAAUAAUAAGUAAAUGAUUUCUUAGAAAUCAAUAGGGGGUGUCAUGUAAAUAGGUUUGGGAACCACUGGCCUAGAGAGAAAAAGUCAUCUAAUUGCACCUAAAAAAUAUUAUGAUAAACCCAAAAUUGCACUGAAUAAAUAAAGAUGAAAGAAGGAAAUUGCACAGAGUCUAAAGCAGAGAAAAAAAAGACCAGAGGCACAGUUAGUCAAAAAUCAGUUUACAAAUAAUACAAACAAUUCUGAAUGAGAUAUCCUUUGAAAUAUUUAAGUUUAGGGUAAAAACCUCAUGUUACAGUCUGUUCAAACCAAGUGUUCCUCUGGCACCUAAGCAGUAUUGUUACGCUGCACCUGACUGGCUGGCCGAGAGGAAGGGCCAGCCAAUCAGGCGCGGCGUAUCAAAUGCUGCUUAGGCGCUGGAGGAACACUUGGUUUGAACAGACUAUAGUAAAAUAUUUUCUCUACAAAACAUCUUAAAAGUAAAUUAGGUUUGGGGGACUUUGGACCCAUGAAAGAAACUGAAAAAAGGAGCACAAAUAAUCUAUCUAAAAUCAAUGUGAGUUUUGGGGUAAUUGGACCCGUGAAGGAAAUUGCAUGAAAAAAUAGCACAGUCACCCUUUAAAUUAAUGUGGGUUUUACAGUAAUUUCAACCCAUAAAGGAUGCUGUGAAAAAAGUGCACAAUUAUUCUAUUCUAAAUUAAUGUUUAUUUUGAAGCAACUUGGACCCAAAAAAGACAAAAUUAAUGUCGAUUUUGAAGCAACUUGGACCCAAAAAAAGACUAAAUAAAUGUCGAUUUUGAAGCAACUUGGACCCAAAAAAGACUAAAUUAAUGUCGAUUUUGAAGCAACUUGGACCCAAAAAAGACUAAAUUAAUGUCGAUUUUGAAGCAACUUGGACCCAAAAAAGACUAAAUUAAUGUCGAUUUUGAAGCAACUUGGACCCAAAAAAGACUAAAUUAAUGUUUAUUUUGAAGCAACUUGGACCAAAAAAAGACUAAAUUAAUGUCGAUUUUGAAGCAACUUGGACCCAAAAAAGACAAAAUUAAUGUCGAUUUUGAAGCAACUUGGACCCAAAAAAGACAAAAUUAAUGUCGAUUUUGAAGCAACUUGGACCCAAAAAAGACAAAAUUAAUGUCGAUUUUGAAGCAACUUGGACCCAAAAAAGACUAAAUUAAUGUUUAUUUUGCAGCAACUUGGACCAAAAAAAGACUAAAUUAAUGUCGAUUUUGAAGCAACUUGGACCCAAAAAAGAAAGUGUCCCAUAAAAUUUAACAGUGUGAGAGAACAGCAUAAGUAUUCUCUUAUAAAUGGAUGUGGGUUUUAGGGUAAUUUGGACCCAAAGAAGAAAGCGUAAAAAGAAACUGCACAAUCACUACUUUCGACAAAACAAAUUGGACCCAAAAUUUACACCAGUUGCCAAGUGAGGCGCCGGGAACAGAAAGGACAAACUCGCCAAAAGUACACGCAGAGAAAACUCCCUUUCUAAACAUGCUGGGGCCGAGGAAGCCAGAUAUACUCAACUUCCUCACCUUGUCGUUCCACAAAUAAUAAGUGCUAGGGUUGAGGGAGCCAGAUAUACUUGACUUCCUUACCUUCUCUUUCCGUUAAUAAGGAGUGUGGGUUGAGGGAGCCAGAUAUACUUGCCUUCUUUACCUAAUACACACUAAUAAAGAGUUGGGUUGAGGGAGCCAGAUAUACUUGACUUCCUUACCUUCUCUUUCCGCUAAUAUAAAGUGUUAGGGUUGAGGGAGCCAGAUAUACUUGCCUCCUUUACCGUACCUUUUCACUAGUAGAUUUUGGUCGAAGUCAGAUAUACUUGACCUCUUUACUUCUUUAAGGUCAAGGAAAUCAUAUAUGCCUCCUUUACUUUCUCUUUUCACUAACAAAGAGACAAACUCAGCAUCUCUUGACAUAGAAAAAAUUAGCAUGCUUACGGUGGUUCCUGAAGUAACGUUUUCUUUUGGUGGCGAGUUCACCCUUUCCAUUCUGAGCGCCUCGUAUUUUAAAACAUAACCCAGUGAGCAACAAAACGUUGGUGAUAUUCCAACACAAUCGAGCCAAACAUCGUUGUCUCUUCCCCGCGGACACCCACACCCACACCCACACCCACACCCACACCCACACCCACACACACUCGGUAAACUGGUAUAAUAUUGCAUUUAGAGCUUCUUUCCUACAGCAAAAUAUAUCCAUAUGAAAACAUUAAUAAAAAAUAUAUUGUUAUUAUAUUGAUAUCAUAAAUAGCACUAGCUAGUAAGAGCUAAAGAUCACCAUUUACAGGAUCACUGAACCUUAGAAGACGAACAACGGUAGUACUCUCUCUCUCUCUCUCAGACACACACACACACACACACAUUAAGCACUGAUUACUCUCUCUCACACACACACACACACACACACACACACACACACACAUUAAGCACUGAAUACCCUCCCCCAGAAAGCACUGGCUCACUGAACUAUAUAAGAGAAUGAGGGAGAGGCCACAAAGACUCCAUUAAGAGAAAAAUAAUGAAGAUGAAAUAAAAUAAAUACAGGAAGACCAACACUGUGACUGGAAGGUUAAUGGUGUUCAAGUUAUUCUAAGAUUUAUGAAAUGGAAGAAUAUACUUAAGGGCAGUACAUCAAUACCCUGUGAAGAGUUAUGAGGGAAUACAUAAAUAGAUAAGACAUUGGUAUAAAACAUGAAUAGGACAGGUGAUGCAGACAGUAAAGAAACACCUGGUGAAAAGUUAUCAUGGAAUAGAUGAGAUAAAAAAGAUAUUGUAUGAAAAAGUUUAGCUCAGUUUCUUGGAGAUGAAAAUUAAAAUCAAUGUUAUGUCUGGCUGGUAUUACUUUCUUGCGUGUUGAAGGGAUGAAAAGUGUACAUGAAUGUUAGUGCUGGCUUGUGUAUUGCUAUCAUGUGUGACUCGGCACUUAGUGAAAAAAAUAUUAACAUGGAGUUCAAUAAUAAUAAUAAUAAUGAAGA